GGCCCGGCACCGGCUCUCGGCGGGAUCUGCGCGUGUCACGGGGCCCGGCACCGGCUCUCGGCGGGACCUGGGGCCUGCGAUCCGCCAGCUCACGCCUCUGCCUCCUCACGGUUCACCAUUCGAGCCCGUGCCCCGGGAGACGGGAUUCCACGAAGCCUCCAUUUGGACUCUGAUUAAAGGAUGCCAAGUAUAGUUAGCAUGCGUGUAGACUCCGCCAUCCCCUCUUCUGAAGGCUCAGAUUUUAGACUACUCCCUGGGUCUUGCAGGUUGAACCAAUUCAGCUGCUGCUCGCCUAUGGCUCCGAACCUCAAUAGCCAGACCAAGCGGAAGAAGAAGCUCAGCCGAAGGCAUGCACGCUUCCUGGAGAGAAAAGCUUUCCUGGAGAAGGAAGGGAUCCUCAAGCAAGAUCGGAUGAAAAGGAAGCGACGACCUUUGGACCAAACAAGCUGUCCGACCACCUGUGAUCCAAACCACACGCUUCAGUCUGGAGACACCAAGCGAACAAGUGGUUCUGAUGUGAAUGAAAAUCACUACCAUCUGAUUGGUGCUUCCAAUCUGUGGCCUGAAGCUGAAAGGAGAGAUGUUCACUCUACUUGCUCUUCAAAGUGCAUGGACCCGAGCAGUAAAACGUGUCCUGUAGAAAGGACUAACCUGCUAAAUCCUGAGGACCCUUAUAGUUUGCCGCAAGCUGCACUCCAAUGCCAGACAAGCUCAUCACCUAUCUGCUGUAAUCCUGCCAAGUAUGUGGCAAUCGACUGCGAGAUGGUUGGAACAGGCCCCUAUGGGCGUGUUAAUGAAAUGGCUAGGUGUAGCAUCGUAAACUAUCAGGGCCAAGUCAUCUAUGACAAGUAUGUGAAGCCCAAAGAACCCAUCAUCGAUUACCGGACCCGCUGGAGUGGCAUUCGAAAACGCGAUAUGGCAAAUGCAAUUGAGUUUGAUGUUGCUCAGAGGGAGAUUUUGAAGAUAUUGAAGGGGAAAAUUGUGGUGGGCCAUGCAUUGCACAAUGACUUUAAAGCACUGAAGUAUUUUCAUCCAAAAUCUCUGGUAAGGGACACGAGUAAAAUCCCAUUGUUGAAGAGGAAGGCUGGUUUUCCUGAAAGAGAAUCCGUUUCCCUGAAGAAUCUGGCAAAGCUACUUUUGGGUAAAAGCAUCCAGGUUGGUAACGAUGGGCACUGUUCUGUGGAGGAUGCCUGCACCUCAAUGGAGUUGUAUCAACGAGUGGAGAGUCAAUGGGAACAAAAACUGUGCGAUCAAUUGUCGGUGGCAAAUGAACAAGUGGCUUCUGAAACAAACUUUGAAAUCAGUCAAUACAUGGAUGACCAAUAUUGGCCCACUGAUCUUCACAAGGACAGUAAAUGAUCUGAGCAUACAUACAUUCUUCAGCUUUCGCAAUCACCAGUAAAGAUGAAGACUCUUGCAGCAGUCCAAACACUUGAGGUCAUGGGUGCCAUCCCUUGGUUUCAUUAUUCUCAGGUCUUUGCAGCUACUAGCCAAUGCCACACAUGGUUAGCUCUCCCCCACCCUGGUGAUCUUUACCAAUGCAGUUGAUCAAAUGCAGUUGCUAAUGGUCACAAAUGGAGAUCCACUGAUUCAGCCUAUGUCUGGAGUUCUUUAUAAGAUCUUUUUGUAAUGUGUGGCUCAAUACAAUGCAAAAUGGUGUGGUUCACCACCUGAGGUGUCUAAACACAAAGGAGCAUGGAUGUUGCAUUGUGUCUUGUUCUUCCAUACCUGCGACCUAUAUAAACAUUCAGAUGUAAAUGGCAGGGGACUAUAAAAUUGUUCUAAGAUAACAGGAUGCUGAAUGUUGUCCUGAAAUAAUUCCUGAGGCCAAUAAUCGGGGCUCAAUUGAGGAGUCCUGCAUUUUGUAGCCUCACUUUACCCCAUCCAAUCAGGCCAAUGCUGCUAAUUAUUUUACACUUGUCUUGUUGUUUGAAUUUAUAUAUAAGUUUAUAAUUUAGAGAUGCCGGUGUUGAACUGGUGUGUACAAAGUUAAAAAUCACACAACACCAGGUUAU